AUGCAAGAGAUCGAAUUGGGUAUUAAGAAAUUGGGUGUUGGUAAAGCUAAAGACUUAGUUGAGCUUCAAGCAGAGUAUCUCAGGCGGGGCAUGAAAGUCCUUGCCCCUCACAUUAUGAAAAUAUUCAAUAAUAUCAUCCUUCAUGGAUUCCCUAAAGAUUGGACUGCAAGUCUUGCUAUACAUCUUUUCAAAAGUGGCGAUGUUAAUAACCCCUCCAAUUCUAGGACAAUAAUGAUCGAUCCUUUGUUUGCUAAGCUAUUUGGAAGCAUGAUAGAAAAUAGAAUCAGCAAAUGGGUGGAAGAAAAUCAUAAACGUGCAAAAGGUCAAGCUAAUUUCAAACCUAAACAUUCCACAGUUGAUCAUGGUAUUACUUUGAGACGCAUCAUUGAAAAAGCUUGGGAGUAA